ACCGGCGGGGCGGAGGCAGGGCUCGAGUACGGCGCGGCGCCGCGAGGCAGCCUCGCCCGUCAGCCGCGCAGCCAGCCCCGGCCCGAGGGGAGCAGCCCCCAUGGCUGACCGGAGCCUGAUCGAGGGCGCCGAGCCCUUCCCGCGCAGGGAGGAGGCUCCGGAGUGGGGCUACGAGGAAGGGGUCGAGUGGGGGCUGAUUUUUCCCGAUGCCAACGGGGAGUACCAGUCGCCCAUCAACUUGAACUCGAGAGAAGCGAAAUACGACCCCUCGCUCCUGGAAGUGCGCCUGUCGCCCAACUACGUCGUGUGUCGCGACUGCGAAGUGAUUAACGACGGGCAUUCCAUUCAGAUCGCCCUCAAGUCCAAAUCAGUGUUAAUAGGUGGGCCGUUACCUCGAGGACAUGAGUUUGAACUACACGAUGUUCGAUUUCACUGGGGGAGAGAAAACCAGCGUGGUUCUGAGCACACAGUUAAUUUUAAAGCCUUUCCCAUGGAGCUUCAUCUAAUGCACUGGAACUCCACACUAUACAGCAGCAUUGAUGAAGCGGUAGGGAAGAAGCACGGCAUAGCUAUCAUUGCUUUAUUUGUACAGAUAGGAAAAGAGCAUGUAGGCCUAAAGGCUGUAACUGAAAUUCUGCAGGACAUCCAGUACAAGGGAAAGUCCAAAACUAUACCCUGUUUUAAUCCCAACUCUUUAUUACCAGAUCCUCUACUGCGUGACUACUGGGUGUAUGAGGGCUCCCUAACAAUUCCACCCUGCAGCGAAGGUGUCACCUGGAUUUUAUUUCGCUAUCCUUUGACUGUGUCCCAAGUGCAGAUAGAGGAAUUUCGUAGACUGAGGACACAUGUUAAGGGUGCAGAACUUCUAGAGGGCUGUGAUGGAAUCCUAGGAGAUAACUUCAGACCAACUCAGCCUCUUAGCGACAGAGUCAUCAGGGCUGCAUUUCAGUAGCAGAAGAGGAAAAACAACAAAAAUAAAUCUUUAUUAAUAAUGAUGUACCUUCUAAAGUACCUUCUAAACCAAACAGUGAAUCUUGUCAAAACCAGCGCAGAUACAGGAGGAGACUAAUUAAUUAAUUUCUCUUAUGGCUAAUUUUUCACAUUAUUUUAUUCAUCAAAGUAGUUGCUUCUUGUCCUCAGUGAUGGUUUUAGCCUUCAUUGGCUCAGAGACCAAGAAUGACUUUGAAUUCGGUGCAGAAUAGCAAGUGCACCUGGGAACCUGAAUUAUGCACACUUCAGUUAGUAAAACCGCCAUGUAGAGCUCCCCUGGCUUCUAUCAAUUACAACAUAAAUUCCCUCAGUAUUCAACAGUUACACCUAAAGCUCAUUGCACUUAGGUAAUCAAUGCUUUACUAUAAUGAAAACUCCAGUAAUGAGAUUCUUAGAGUUAAAUUUAAGAAAGUAGUGAGUCAGAGACCAGCAUUUAUGGUUGAUUUUGUAAUAAAUGUGGCUCCACCUUGAUAUCAAUAGCAUGAAAGUUUAUCUAGGAAAUGUUCAAGAAAAGUGUGAAUCCUCUCACUCUUUCUUUAAUACGUCCAACUGCAUUUUAUCAUAUUAAUAACUAUGCUACAAUAAACUAUUUAAAAAUACAAAGCGUAAAUUACUCAUCAUCACCCUAUUUAUUGGUGGAAUUAAUUAUAUAGUGACUUCACUUUUGCUAUCUGCCGUAUGCUCAUAAGAUAACUAAUUUACCCAGAGUUUCACCUGGAAUCAUGCUGCUGAAAAGUUCUUAAUAUACACUGUCACAGAAUCACAGAAUUGUAGGUGUUGGAAGGGACCUGCAGAGGUCAUUGAGUCCAACUCCUCUGCUAAAGCAGGUUCCCUCCAGGAGGUCACAGAGGUAGACAUCCAUAUGGUCUUGAAUAUCUCCAUAGAAGGAGUCUCCACAACCUCUAUGGGCAGCCUGUUGCAGUGCUCCAUCACUCUGACAAUAAAGAAGUUCCUCCCUGUAUUAGUGUGGAACUUCCUGUGUUCCAAUUUCUGUUCUCCACUGACAGGACUCUGCCCCCAUCAACUUGACUCUUGUACUUCAGGUAUUUAUAGACAGUUAUGAGAUCCCCUCUCAGCCUUCUCUUCUCCAGACUGAAGAGUCCCAACUCUCUCAGAUUUUCUUUGUACGGGAGAUGCUCCGGGCCCUUUUAUCAUCUUUGUCGCUCUCUGCUGUACUCUUUCUAGGAUAUAACUGUCUUUUAUGAACUGAGGAGCUCAGAACUAGACACAAUAUUCCAGAUGUUGACCUCACCAGGGCAGAGUAGAGGGUCCCUCGACCUGCUAGCUGUACUCUUUUUAAUGCACCCCAAGAAACCAUUGGCCUUCUUGGCUACAAGGGCACACUACAGGCUCAUGGUCAACCUUUUGUUCACCAGGACACUCAGGUCCUUCUCUACAGAACUCCUCUCCUGCAGAUCAGCCCCUAACCUGUACUGAUACAUGAGGAUAUUCCUUUCCAAGCACAAGACUACACUUAAUCUUGCUGAACCUCAUCAGGUUCCUAUCUCCCCAGCUCACUAGUCUGCCCAAGUUUUGCUGAAUGGCAGCAUAGCCUUCUGGUAUGUCAGUCACUCCUUCCAGCUUUUUAUCAUCAGCAAACUUGCUCAGGGUGGACUCUGUCCCUUAAUCCAGAUCACUGAUGAAGAUGUUGAAUAAGAAUGGACCCAGCACCAACACCUGGGGAACACUUGCUACAGGCUUACAACUCUGCACCAUUGACCACAACUCUCUGAGGUCUCUCAGCCAGUCAGCCAGUUCUCUUGUACAGUAAAUUCAUGCCCUAUCUUGGUCAAUGAUGGAAGUUCUUAAUUCACUUCAGGCUCUGUUGUGGAGUUAAGUCUCUUUAGACUGUGCUCUGUUUCCAGCACCCAACUUCAUAUAAAGUUAACAAAUGAUCAGGCAGCAGAUAACCCCUAAAAAAGAUUAAUAAUUCAGUACUUCCAAAAAUGGAUCCAUUAAAGCCUAGUGGGAAGAUUAUCUUUCCUCCUGCAUGUGACAAAUUAUUAAAUGGUCUGGGACAGUGGCCAACAAUUUCAUGAUCUUUUGAUAUAGUGUAAGCAUUCAAUAUAAUAUUUAGUAUCAGCACACCAGAAGUUAAGCAAAGAAAGCAAAAUACUAGUCCUUUUAUUAAUACUGUUUUCUCAUUCACAUAUUUGAUUUGGGGCAUAUCCCUAAGCUCAAUUCUCAAUUAAAUGGUUCUCUACAGUCAGAGAAUGUCAUCACUUUAAUCUUGAAAUGGAUGAUUCAGAUUCAUCCAGGCUUCUGCAUUAAAAUUAUUUCGGAAAAUCAUAGCAAUAUUAAAGUACAAUUUUUCUCGGAGAAUGAAUAGUGCCCUCAGGCCAGUGCAGGUAAUUCAAGUCUGUAACAGUGAAAUUACUUGACAUGCUGUCUUUGAAUUUUAAGCAUGAAAUAGUUUCCCUUUACAAUGUUGGAACUGAAAUGUGAAAAUUUCCCUUUUGAUUUUUUUUUUUACAUUUUACAUAUUACAUUUGUUGAUACUUACAAGGGAUUGUUUUAAACAACAAGUUUUAUCUUGGCCAUGCAUCACAAAAUAAUCUGAAGUUUUAAUUCCCAAAUGAUGGAAUUUUUAAUGUGAAGUAGUAGUAUAUGCCGUUGGGCUAUGCUAAUUACAGACUUUAGGGCAUUGAGAAGGAACUGUGAAUCUGGUCAUUGUGUACCUCACAGAAGAAAUGGGCACUUCGGUCUCUACACCUGAUUGAAUUGUUUAUCAGAAAUUAAUUUGGCCAGGGCUUCCUUUUAGUUUUGGGUACAUCAGUCAAAAACAGUAGCAAACCAAUUAAAGGCUGGAAAUACGUUCCUGCUAUUGAUUUUGCCUCUGGGGAGGUGGGAGCUAGGUAUGUGAAGUCUAAAAGGAAAUGGUGUGGCUUUCAUCACCUCCAUUCUACAGAAAGAGGGAGAGAAGGAAAUAAUUUUACUAUUUUUUAUUGCUUUCCUCAUGCUGUUCUCUCCAGGAGGAAGGUGUUGAGGAGCAAUAGGUCCCCAUGUAAACCUCAGACAUUCUCAGAAAAGAUACACUUCCUCCUUCCUAGGAAUAGGUUAUGACCUUCAGCUGGAGCUUCUAACGUGGACUGAAUAUUCCUACGAAGAUCCAGUAGCAGAUAGGGAAGUAAUAGUUUGCAGGGUGGGACGUGCAUGGUAAUCCAAGAGGGAGUGUUUCUUGCUUUCAAAGAGGAGAUUUUAUUUGAAAGCUUUGGUAUGUCUUAAUUAUUGCAAUUCCAAACAUACUGGUGGACUUCUUUUCUGACAUGAUGUCCCUCUGCCAAGGCUGCUGGAACACCUGUCUGAAGAGAUUUCAGUAUUUUCUCUUUUAUUCCAAAUAACUGUGGUGCAGCCUCUUGAAGAACCUUGAGAAACAUUUGUUUUCUGUGACCUCCUUGCUCUGUCAAGGAAAGGAGACAAAUGUUUCCAUAUAGGUGGUGUGUACACUAGAGUAGAGAAGGGUUGUGUAAAAGGUCUAGUUAGUUUUGACUGAAUCAGAGUGCAGGCUUUAUGCAUGCCAAGCUCAUAAAUCCUCGGCUUUGACUGAAACCUUGACAGGAUUGAACCCUUUGUGGCUUAUGAUCAAAUAGCAUGUGUUGAUAUUUGAUGCAAUUUGUGGUAGCUUGUUGAAUUGAAGGCAGAGAUGACACAAUGAUAUAUCACAGCAUGUAAUCCCAGGUAAAGAGAUUUUUUUUUUUUUUUGGUGUUCUCUUAUCAUAAGAGAGACCAGAUCUCAAAAUAACUGCCUCUAGUUCUGGAGGAAGAUUUGUUUGGGCUCACAAGGGGGUACUAAGGAAGAGGACGCUGCAGGUAGAAAUUUAUAGCUUCACUGCUUUUUUUAACCUGAUUGACAUUAGGAUUAGUUUGUUGCUGGUCAGUUUGCCUCUUUUGACUCUACUUUUCUACUGAAAAUGCCUGGAGUUAAUGAAUCUGUGAGAUCUGCUUUGUGGAUGUUUUUGAAAUACAGUACAGACUAGCCUUCACAUCCUUUUUUUAGUGCAGUUGUUGAAAAUUUCAUUUCUGUUUCCAUAGGAAAAAAAGAAGGAAGAACUUCUUUUUUUCUUGCUUAUAACCUAUUUUAAUCACAUCCACUAAUGACAAAGCCAAUCAGGUGGUAAGAAAUUUGGAGGGAAAGCUUGGUGCCGAUUUGCUUUCAGGCAUGGAAAGUGAAAAAAAUGUUUUCAGUUUAGGCUGAAGAGCAGUAGAAACACAGAAUAGUUGUGGUUGGAAGGGGCCUCUGAAGAUAUACUAGUCUGAUCAACUGCUCAAAGUGUCAGCUACAGUGUACUGCUCAGGGCCAUGUCCAGUUGGGUUUUGAAUAUUUCUAUGGAUAGAGAUCUCACAACAUUUUUGGGCAACCUGUUCUUUUAUUUGACUAAAAAAGAUUUUUCCUAAGCUUGAAUGAAAUUUUCUGCAUGUAAAUUUGUGUGCGUCGCCUCAUGCAUUCACUGGGUAACACCGAAGAGUCUGAUGCCAUCUUUUGUGCUUCAUCUCUUAAGGUGUUUAUGCACUUUGAUACGAUCUGUCUGGAGACAUUUCUUCCUGAGGCUAACCAGUACCAACCCUCUCACCCUCUCUUAUGACAGAAAUCCCAUAAUCAUCUCAGUGGCCUUUUGCUGGACUGUCACCAGUAAGUCCAUAUUUCUCUUGAACUGGGGGAACCUAGGACUGGACCCAGCAGUCCAGAUUUCUCACCAGUGCAGAGUAAACAUGAAGUAUCACUUAUCUUGACUUGCUGGAAACGUACUCCCUAGUGCAUCCCAAGAGGCUGUUGCCCUUCUUUGCUCCAUGGGUGCUUUGUUGGCUUAUGUUCAACUUGCUUUCUAGAAGAACCCCCAGGUCCUUUUCUGAAAGAAAAGAGAGAAAGGAUAGUGCUGUGACCCCUCGAUAUUACCACUAGAUUUUUGGUAUUUGAUACUUCACUGAUAGUCCUUGCUAUGGGUGUCAGGCUAUUUCUUGAUAAUCUCAUGUGAUCUUGGAAAAAGGUUUGCUGUUCUUACUAUUCUACCAGAAAGCUUAAAAGUGGGGACAACAAAUGCAACCCCUCCUAGAAAUCAAAUAAAGAAAACCUUAAAUCUACCAUUUUAUUAACUUGGGUUCUGAUGCACUGUUUUAAAAUAUGUGAAUUGUCAGUAUUUUCAAAAUUUCUUGUAUUUUGGGGCAUUACAUAAAUACCUUUCCUGUAAUGUAUUUUUUUCACUGAGGUAUUACUUGUGAUUUCCAAUAGUUUUGUUACUCUUUUUAUAAUCCUUGUUGCUUUAUAUGUAAUUGAUUUGAUAGACAUGCUUCCAUUGCAUCAGCGGAACGGCUUAAUCUGUGAAUGAGCAACAUGUCUGUUUUCAAAUAGCUGAAUAUCAGCUUGAGUUGACAGUGAUACUGAAUUCAUUGUGGCAUGCCUCUGUAUCUAUAUCACCUUGCAAACCUAGCUAUGUAAGCAUGAUUCCAUACAUAUUAUAAUUAAAUGGUUUUGCUCCCAUUUACUAAGAGAAGGCCAGAUAAGUGCCCAGUACUGAAGUCACAGAAAUCAAGAAGAUUCUUUGAAUAGUAGGUAGUAAGACCUAAUUCUAAAAAGUAAUUUGCUUAAACAGUAUGGAAAUAAUAUUUUCUCUUGAAAGUGGUAGACUUUAUUUUCAACUGAGCAUAAGCAGUAAACAAAGUAAUUUAAUCUCCUGUUAAAUUGGAGAUUUAGACAGAUUGGCUAUCUUGAAUUGACAUGUCCCAGACACAGCUUAUUUCAUUUUCUAUCCAUAAAUUAAAGAUUGUAUUUUAGCUAGCUAUCUACAUUACUUUGUUCUCCUGAACCUUUUUUUUUUUUUUUUUUUUUUUGCAUGUCUGAUUUAGAAACUCCUGAAAAAGCAUCCAAUUUUAUGUACAUAGGUCUGAAGUACAGGAAGGAUUUAUUUAGGGUGGGAUGGACAGACACUACAUGCCUGAUACUGUAGAGACUGUAUAAUAUUGUGAGGUAUGAGCAGACAAGCAGAAAUUGGCACACCAUGAGGGUCACAGUGUAGACUAAGGAGGGAGGACAAUGUGGUGACUUCAUCCAGUGGAUUCUGUGAAUGAGUAGUAUGAACUGCUCCCUUCCCCAGGACACUGAACAAGGGAUCAAGGUGGCCAGUUUGGAGUGAGCUAUUACUAAAAAACUAGUGGUACAUUCCCCCCUUUGCAUCUUUGUGCACUGUAUCAUGGCAGUAGAAUUCAGAAUAUGAAUGGGCAUUCAAAUAGGGAUUGAGCUGUGGAGCUGUGCCUUGUCUUCGAGAAUGGAGUUGAGGGAGGCCUGAUGUUCAUAUUUCUUUACCUAAGCAGAUCUCAGUGAACUUCACCUUUGAAAGGAGCUUCUCAUUACCAAUCAGUAUGUCUUUACUCUCUUACCAGUAGCUUUUGCGGUUCCUGAAGCUCACAAACAAGUUGCUCUGAGGAAGUUAUAGCACUUAGGACUUUUAUGCUUUCCUGUUGCAUUGAUCCAGAGCUGGAGUGAGCUUUCAGCAGCCAUGCAUCGUUAUGUUAUUGUGGCUAUUCUCUUUUUCCUGAUUUAGAAGAAAAAAAAAACACAAAACCUCCGGAGAUUAUCAACACAAAUUCUUUAGAAAUACAAAUACUGAUUUCCUAGAUGUGAUGAUGUGUAAAUAUUUAUGCUGCCUUUCAGCAAGUGAUUUUUCAUCUGCCAUUAUUUGUCUUCAUGAUUUCAAAUUUGGUGCUUGAAACGAUUGGUGUAAUUGUUGAGUUUCAGUCUUCAAAAGUCACACAGCACACACGGAGUCAUGGCUAUCAACAAUACCUACUAUUGUUCUUAAGUAGCAUGCCCAGCAGAUUGCUGCCACUUCAGAGUACUUGAGAAUGUACUUACAUUGGAGUGCAUGACUACAGGACCGAGGACCAAACACCUUAGGCUUGUGAGCCACUCACUGUAAUCAGAGAGCUACUGGAAGCAUUCCAAAACCUUUGGAACAUUCAGGAGAUGAAGAGCUUCAGGAGUGGCUGAAAGCCACCUACCUUUUCAGGUGGCUUCCCCCUGCUUGGUUGCAAUAGAAGGAAAUGGGGUGUACAUUCACACUGCAGGUGAAAGCUGUAAUGCCAGCCUAACUUGUUUUCCCAUUGAUAGGAAUUCUAAUUCAUAAGCAGCAUAAUACUUUUGUUGCCUGUGUGGCAUGCCUCUGACACAAGAGAAACAAUUUAAGGAUUCAGUAGCCACAAGCAGUCCAUCAUGGCAGUGAUCAUAGACUGAUCAUUGUUUUAGUAGAAAUAUAUGUCAUUUCCAGCCCAGAGCAUCUGUAAAGGGAGUGACUAAGCCAUAAGUGAGGAAUAAAAUAAUGUUGAGAUGUACUUGUUUCCAGAGCAAGGACCAUAUUGGAAUGGUCCUUGUUAAGUCAUUUUCAGAGCUCUUUUUAGAAAUACAUAAAUAUUAGUGGAGAAAUGGAAAAGAGUUGAAAUCUCUUAAUACACACAAAAAGGAGCAAGAUAUUGUGCUUCCUUUUCAAAGCUAAACAGAGUCAUAGGGUAGCCUAGGAAUCAAACCUCUGCUAUGUGCUUCAGAUAAGAUACUCCACAUUGACAAAAGCUCCCAAAUUUCUUGGUAUACGGCCCCGUAUCAACACCACACAUUCUUUGCUAUCCACAAUGCACUGUUAUCAGCCUUUUUAUGAAAAACAUUCUGAUCGUAUAGUUUCCAGCUGCUUACCAUAACUCAUGUGUGGUUUAUGCACUACUGUUUGGAAACUGAUAAUGUAGCCAGGAGCUCCUGUCAUAAAAAAACUUCCUCACAGAAUAAUUAUUGCCAAUUUAAGCACAAAAGCAUGGCUCUGAAAGCACACACACACAGAAGCUCUGCCAUGUUGUAUUCACUUACAGGGAAAAUGCUGCGGAUUGCAUUGAGGUAAAGUGGUUAAAAACAUAAAUCAUUUCUAUUCAAACUGCACCUGAUUUUUAAAGUGUAGAGAUUCUAGAUUAUUAUGUAACAGCUCUCAAAUGUUAAGUAUACUAGGACAUACAAGUACAUGUGUAUGACUACAGACAUAAAGAAGAAAGCCUACAACAUAUAUGCUUUCUUCUACAGUGUUGUACAACGUUGCAAAGUGGGAGUACACUUUGUUUUGUCGUAAUGAAAUCACAAAGGAAGUUUUAAUGACAAUAUUUUUACUCUAUUGGAACUGAGAAUGCAGGUAUUUACAGAUUUUUAUUCUUACUGGAAUUUGUAAUUCUAAUCCUGUGUGGAUGAAAACAGUGCAGUGAACACAUGCAUACAAACUCAUGCUUAACAGACAACAGUAUUCUGGAAUAAAUACAAAACCUGACCAAGUUGCUUGAGUCACUGAAAAUAUUUUUGUAACUGAUAAUUCUCACUCAGGGAGUGAGAAAUGUGUACCAGAAGUGAAUGUUAUUAGCUGUAUUUUAUCACUAACUCCAGAUUUUGUGGCAGAACAGUGCUACAAAGCAGAACUUUCUGUAAUUUUUAAAGCCUUUUUUAUCCAAUCCCCUGAGCUCAAGAGAAGCAAAGGUACUUUUGUUAGCUUGAUAUUGUUAAACACCCACAAAGCUAGAAGUACACUCAAUAAAUUAUGAACUUCAUGGAAAGAAUUGCGAAUUGUUGGAAGAAACAUAAAGGUUUAUAAGGUAGUGGGAUUUCUUUUCUGAGAUGCUCUGAAUCCAUGCUUGGUAAUACUUUCAGGUGCUGACUUUAGGAAAAUGAAGAAUAAUGGUAAUGUGUAGUCAGUGCUGAAAGUGAUUUUGCUACUCAUGUCCAUUGAAGUUUUUUUUUAACUCUUAAUGAGCUUUUUAGUUUAGCUAUUUUUAAGAGGGAGAAGACAAGAUGCUUCUAAGAAAAAUACAAACACCGUGGAGACAUUGUAUAUGACAGUAGUGGUAAGGAAAAUGGUAAGACAAAGGAAGAUGAAAAGCUCUCCAGAAAGAAGAUCGACUACUUUUAAGUAGCAGAAGAAAGUUUUUGAUCUCGUAUAACGGUUUUGGCCUAAGGCUGCUCCAGUGUGGCAUCUUAUUUCCUCCCUAUCAGAUGAAAAGGCAUGUUUUCAUGCCCAUCCUAUUUCAUUUCUUUGUAUUUCAUUUAUAUGCACUUUUCCUGCACUUCCAGAAGACUGAAAAGUAAUCUUUUUUGCUGAAGUUUUCUUCUAUCUUUUUUCUUUUUUAAAAUAUGUUGUAUUACUAUGGGAACCCUGGAACCUUCAGUUCUU